CCGCCACGUGUGGCCACAGGCGGAGCACGAGGACCGGAACCCCCAAAAUGAAAGUGGAUCGGACGAAACUGAAGAAAACCCCCACGGAGGCGCCCGCCGACUGCCGGGCCCUCAUCGAGAAGCUGAAGGGCUGUAGUGAUGAGCAGCUGGUGACAGAACUGCAGCAGAUCAAGACAUGGAACAUUGGGAAGUGCGAGCUGUACCACUGGGUGGACCUGCUGGACCGCUUCGACGCGCUGCUGGCCGAGGCGGGCCGGCCGGUGGAGGCCAUGAGCUGGAUGCUGGCCUGCGACCGGCCCGAGCGCCAGCCCCUCAAGGCCCUGCUGCUGGCCCUGCUCAACUUCACGGCCCUGCUCAUCGAGUACAGCUUCUCCCGCCACCUCUACAGCUCCAUCGAGCACCUGACCACGCUGCUGGCCUCCUCGGACAUGCACGUGGUGCUGGCCGUGCUCAACCUGCUCUACGUGUUCAGCAAACGCUCCAACUACAUCACCCGCCUGGGCUCCGAGCGCCGCGGGCCGCUGCUGGCUCGCCUGCAGCACCUGGCCGAGAGCUGGGGUGGAAAGGAGAAUGGAUUUGGGCUGGCUGAGUGCUGUCGGGACCUGCACAUGAUGAAAUACCCCCCCAGUGCCACCACUCUGCACUUUGAGUUCUACGCUGAGCCGGGCGUCGAGGUGAAGGUGGACAAGAGGGCCACCAGCACCACUCUGCACUACAUCCACAUUGAGCAGCUGGACAAGAUCUCAGAGAGCCCCUCGGAAAUCAUGGAGUCCCUGACCAAGAUGUACAGCAUCCCCAAGGACAAGCAGAUGCUGCUGUUCACCCACAUCCGCCUGGCCCAUGGCUUCUCCAACCACAAGAAGCGGCUGCAGGCGGUGCAGGCGCGGCUCCACGCCAUCUCCAUCCUGGUGUACUCCAACGCGCUGCAGGAGUCGGCCAACAGCAUCCUGUACAACGGGCUGAUCGAGGAGCUGGUGGACGUGCUGCAGAUCACCGACAAGCAGCUGAUGGACAUCAAGGCGGCCUCCCUGCGGACUCUGACGUCCAUCGUGCACCUGGAGCGCACGCCGAAGCUCAGCAGCAUCAUCGACUGCACCGGCACCGCCUCCUACCACGGCUUCCUGCCCGUGCUGGUGCGCAACUGCAUCCAGGCCAUGAUCGACCCUUCCAUGGAGCCCUACCCCCACCAGUUUGCCACGGCGCUCUUCUCUUUCCUGUAUCACCUGGCCAGCUACGACGCGGGCGGCGAGGCGCUGGUGUCGUGCGGCAUGAUGGAGGCGCUGCUCAAGGUGAUCAAGUUCCUGGGAGACGAGCAGGACCAGAUCACGUUCGUCACGCGGGCGGUGCGGGUGGUGGAUCUCAUCACCAACCUGGACAUGGCCGCCUUCCAGUCACACAGUGGGCUGUCCAUCUUCAUCUACCGCCUCGAGCACGAGGUGGACCUGUGCCGCCGCGAGUGUCCCUUUGUCAUCAAGCCCAAAGUGCAGCGCCCGCCUGCUGCCACCCUGCCCGAGGGCGAGGACAUGGAGACUGACAUGGAGGUGACCGAUGUGGCCAUGGAGAGCAGUCCCGGCCCCUCGGCCGAAGCCCGGCCGGACCCGGUGCCACCAGCCCUGCCAGCUGUGCCCAGCACCAGCGCUGCCACCCCCUCCCCACGCGGUGGAGUGCAGUGCAUCCCCCAGCGCGCCGCUUUGCUCAAAUCCAUGCUGAACUUCCUCAAAAAAGCCAUCCAAGACCCCGCCUUCUCCGACGGCAUCCGGCACGUGAUGGACGGCUCGCUGCCCACCUCGCUGAAGCACAUCAUCAGCAACGCCGAGUACUACGGCCCCUCGCUGUUCCUGCUGGCGACCGAGGUGGUGACGGUCUUCGUGUUCCAGGAGCCCUCGCUGCUGUCCUCGCUGCAGGACAACGGCCUCACCGACGUCAUGCUGCACGCUCUGCUCAUCAAGGACGUGCCGGCGACGCGGGAGGUGCUGGGCUCGCUGCCCAACGUGUUCAGCGCGCUGUGCCUGAACGCGCGGGGGCUGCAGAGCUUCGUGCAGUGCCAGCCCUUCGAGCGCCUCUUCAAGGUGCUGCUGUCCCCCGACUACCUGCCCGCCAUGCGCCGCCGCCGCAGCUCCGACCCCCUGGGUGACACAGCCUCCAACCUGGGCAGCGCCGUGGACGAGCUGAUGCGGCACCAACCCACGCUCAAGACCGACGCCACCACCGCCAUCAUCAAGCUGCUGGAGGAGAUCUGCAGCCUGGGCCGGGACCCCAAAUACAUCUGCCAGAAGCCGUCGAUGCAGAAGGCGGACGGGACGGCGGCCGCGCCGCCCCCGCGCUCGCCCCACGCCGCCGAGGAGGCCUCGAGCGAGGAUGAGGAGGAGGAGGAAGUGCAGGCCAUGCAGAGCUUUGGGGCUGCCCAGCAGAGCGAGGCAGAGCCCAGCCAGACCGUGGUAGGCACGGAGGAACGCAUCCCCAUCCCGCUCAUGGACUACAUCCUCAACGUGAUGAAGUUCGUGGAGUCCAUCCUGAGCAACAACACCACUGAUGAUCACUGCCAGGAGUUCGUGGCCCAGCGGGGGCUGCGGCCGCUCGUCACCAUCCUGGGGCUGCCCAACCUGCCCGUGGACUUCCCCACCUCUGCAGCCUGCCAGGCCGUGGCUGGCGUCUGCAAAUCCAUCCUGACUCUCUCCCACGAGCCCAAGGUGCUGCAGGAGGGGCUGGUGCAGCUGGAGGCCGUGCUGUCUGCGCUGGAGCCGCUGCACCGGCCCAUCGAGGCCCCGGGGGGCUCGGUGCUGCUGCGGGAGCUGGCCGGGGCCGGGGCCGUGCCCGACGCCACGCUCUCAGCCCAGGCCACCCCCCUGCUGCACGCGCUGACCGCCGCCCACGCCUUCAUCAUGAUGUUUGUGCACACCUGCAGGGUGGGACAGAGCGAGAUCAGGGCCAUCUCAGUGAACCAGUGGGGAUCCCAGCUGGGGCUGAGCGUGCUGGGCAAGCUGAGCCAGCUCUACUGCUCCCUGGUGUGGGAGAGCACCGUGCUGCUGUCCCUCUGCACCCCCAACAGCCUCCCCCCAGGCUGUGAGUUUGGCCAGGCUGACAUGCAGAAACUCGUGCCCAAGGAGGAGAAAACGGCCCCCAGCCCCCCCCAGGGCGGCCGCAGGGCAGAGGGCGAGGCAGAGGGCCCGGGCCCCUCGGUGGGGGCGGGCAGUGACCCCCCCCCAGCCCAGGGGCUGCUGGAGGGGAUGGGGCUGGAGGGGGAGCCCCUGGCCCCCAUGGAGACGGACGAGCCCAGCACCAGCGACCCCAAAGCCAAAGCCAAGAUCACCCCGGCCAUGGCCGCCCGCAUCAAACAGAUCAAACCCCUGCUCUCCGCCUCAUCGCGGCUGGGCCGGGCGCUGGCCGAGCUCUUCGGGCUGCUGGUCAAGCUGUGCGUGGGCUCCCCGGUGCGGCAGCGCCGCAGCCACCACGCGGCCGCCGCCGCCCCCGCGCCCACCGCGGCCGCCCGCGCCACGGCCUCGGCGCUGACCCGCCUGCUGACCAAGGGGCUGAGCUGGCAACCGCCCCCCUACACCCCCACGCCACGGUUCCGGCUGACGUUCUUCAUCUGCUCGGUGGGGUUCACGUCGCCCAUGCUGUUCGACGAGCGCAAGUUCCCCUAUCACCUCAUGCUGCAGAAAUUCCUCUGCUCCGGCGGCCACAACGCCCUCUUCGAGACCUUUAACUGGGCGCUGUCCAUGGGGGGCAAGGUGCCGGUGGGGGAGGGUCUGGAGCACCCCGACCUGCCGGAUGGCACCGGUGAGUUCCUGGACGCGUGGCUGAUGCUGGUGGAGAAGAUGGUGAACCCCAGCACGGUGCUGGAGUCCCCCCAUGCACUGCCUGCCAAGGCCCCCCCACAUGGACACCCCCCCUUCAGCGCCCUGCGCUUCCUCGUGGUCACCCAGAAGGCUGCGUUCGCCUGCAUCAAGCAGCUGUGGCAGCGGCGGCCGCUGAAGGUGUACGGCGGCCGCAUGGCCGAGUCCAUGCUGGCCAUCCUGUGCCACAUCCUGCGCGCCGAGCCGCUGCUGCGCGAGCGCCUGGGCCGCGAGAGAGAGGGACCCGCGCCCGACGAGCCCGGGGGCGACGAGGGGGGGGCCCGCAGGGAGCCCCACGUCAACCAGCAGCAGCUGCAGCAGCUGAUGGACAUGGGUUUCUCUCGGGAACACGCCAUGGAAGCGCUGCUCAACACCAACACCAUGGAGCAGGCCACGGAGUACCUGCUCACCCACCCACCCCCGCUCAUGGGGGGCUCAGCACGGGAGGCCGCGUGCCGCAAGGAGGAGGAGGAGCGGCGGGCUCGGGAGCGGCAGGAGGAGGAGGAGGCCAAGUGCCUGGAGAAGUUCGAGGGGGCCGAGCCGCUGGAGGCGGCCGAGCUCGGGGCCUUCACGGACUCGAUGCUGCCCGGCUGCUCGCAGCUGCUGGACGAGCUGCCCGACACCGUGUACCGCGUCUGCGACCUGCUGAUGACGGCCGUGCGCCGCAACGGCCCGGCCUACCGGGACAGCGUGCUCAAACAGGUGGUGCAGCAGGUGUGGGAGGCGGCCGAUGUCCUGAUCAAGGCGGCCGUGCCGCUGACCACCAGCGACACCAAGACGGUGUCGGAGUGGAUCAGCCAAAUGGCCACCCUGCCCCAGGCCUCCAACCUGGCCACGCGCAUCCUGCUGCUCACCCUGCUCUUCGAGGAGCUGAAGCUGCCCUGUGCCCGCGUGGUGGAGUCCAGCUGCGUGCUGGACGUGCUGAUCAAGCUGCUGGAGGUGGUGCAGCCCUGCCUGCAGGCUGCCAAGGAGCACAAGGAGGUUCAGACCCCCAAGUGGAUCACCCCUGUGCUGCUGCUGAUUGAUUUCUAUGAGAAGACAGCCGUGUCCUCCAAGCGCCGCGCGCAGAUGAACAAGUACCUGCAGGCCACUGGGAACAACUGGCGCUGGUUUGACGACCGCUCGGGCCGCUGGUGCAGCUACAGCGCCAGCAACAACAGCACCAUCGACGCGGCCUGGCGGGCCGGGGAGCCCAGCGUGCGCUUCACGGCCGGCCGGCGGCGCUACACCGUGCAGUUCACCACCAUGGUGCAGGUGAACGAGGAGACCGGGAACCGGCGCCCGGUGAUGCUGACGCUGCUGAGACCCCCCCGCGCUGGGAAGGGCCGCGACGAGGGGGGGGCCGAGGACCCCGAGGGGAAGAGCAAGGAUGAGACCCCCGCUGCAGACCCUCCUUCUACAGACGAAGACCCCUCCUCUACCACCACCACCAGCACCACCACCACCACUCCCACCGCCCCCUGCCCGUCCCCUCCCUGCCCCACGCCGACCCCCGAGGAACCCCGGGACGACCCCGGCGCCGACGCCGAGGCUCCGGUGCGGGGCCUGGCGGAGGAGGCGGUGCCGGCCGUGCUGCGGGCGUGCGUCAGCAUGCUGGGGGUGCCGGUGGACCCCGACACGCUGCACGCCACGCUGCGCCUGUGCCUGCGCCUGACGCGGCAGCACAAGCACGCGCUGCUGUUCGCCGAGCUGCGCUCCACCCGCACCAUCCUGGCGCUCACGCAGAGCUCCGGCUUCACCGGCUUCACCCCGCUGGUCACCCUGCUCUUCCGGCACAUCAUCGAGGAUCCCUGCACGCUGAGGCACACCAUGGAGAAGGUGGUGCGUUCAGCAGCCACGAGCGGGGCAGGCAGCACCACCUCGGGGGUGGUGUCAGGCAGCCUGGGCUCACGGGAGGUGAAUUACAUCCUGCGGGUGCUGGGCCCCGCCGCCUGCCGCAGCCCCCACGUCUUCACCGAGGUGGCCACGGGCUGCAUCCGCAUCGCCCUGCCCGCGCCGCGCGGCUCCGGCACCGCCUCUGACGACGAGUUCGAGAACCUGCGGAUCAAGGGGCCCAACGCGGUGCAGCUGGUGAAGACCACGCCGGCCAAGGCGGCCGCGCUGCCGCCCAUCCCCGAGCCCAUCCGCGAUGUCAUCUACGACAUGCUCAACGCCCUGGCUGCCUACCAUGCCCCCGACGAGGGUGACAAGGGGGACCCCAAGAGCGCGGCGCCCAGCGAGGUGAGCCAGCUGCUGUCGGACAUUGGGGACGACAUGUACCAGCAGUACCGCAGCCUCACCCGCCCCCCCGCCGACUUCGACCCCCCCGCCGGCUUUGCCAUCGAGGCCCAGGUUUUUGCUGCUGACGGAGCCGCGGCCGAGACGCCGCCCUCGGGAACCCCCCAGGGAGAAGCAUCCAGCCCCGAGGAGGGCCGCGAGGGCCGCAAGGAGAAGGAAGGGGAGCAUGGGGAGGAGCGGGGCCGGGCACGGGGCUCCAAGCCCCUGAUGCCCACCUCGACCAUCCUGCGGCUGCUGGCCGAGCUGGUGCGCUCCUACGUGGGCAUCGCCGCCCUGAUCGCCAACUACAGCUACAGCGUGGGCCAGUCCGAGCUCAUCAAGGAGGACUGCAGCGUGCUGGCCUUUGUCCUGGACCACCUGCUGCCCCACCAGCAGAACGCCGAGGACAAGGACACGCCGGCGCUGGCACGGCUCUUCCUGGCCAGCCUGGCUGCGGCUGGCAGUGGCACCGAUGCCCAGGUGGCCCUGGUCAACGAGGUCAAGGCCGCCCUCGGCCGCGCCCUGGCCAUGGCCGAGAGCACCGAGAAACACGCCAGGCUCCAGGCCGUCAUGUGCAUCAUCAGCACCAUCAUGGAGUCGUGUCCAUCCACCUCGAGCUUCUACAGCAGCACGGCCAAGCCGCCCCACAACGGCAUGAACAACAUCAUCCGCCUGUUCCUCAAGAAGGGGCUGGUCAACGACCUGGCCCGCGUGCCCCACAGCCUCGACCUGUCCAGCCCCAACAUGGCCAACACGGUGAACGCGGCGCUGAAGCCGCUGGAGACGCUGUCGCGCAUCGUGAACCAGCCCAGCGGGCUCUUCGGGGCCAAGGGCUCCUCCAGCAAGAGCAAGGCCGAGGGCAACGGGGGCGCCCGCGAGGCUGGGGCCGCGCCCCCCGAUGGAGGGGACCCUGGGGACCCCGAGCCCCCCGAGGAGGACGCGGAGGCGGCGCAGGCCGAGGCGGCCGACGGGGACAUGGACGGCGAGGCCGAGGGGGACACGGUGGUGCUGGCCGGGCAGCCCGAGGGGCUCAGCACCCAGGAGAUGCAGGUGGAGAAUGAGCUGGAGGAUCUCAUCGAUGAACUGCUGGAGAGGGACGGCGCCGACGGCAACAGCACCAUCAUCGUGAGCCGCUCGGCCGAGGACGAGUCGCAGGAGGACGUUCUGAUGGACGAGGCUCCGUCCAACCUCAGCCAGGCCUCCACGCUGCAGGCCAACCGUGAAGAUUCCAUGAACAUCCUGGAUCCUGAGGAUGAGGAGGAGCACACACAGGAGGAGGACAGCAGCGGCAGCAACGAGGACGAGGACGACAGCCAGGAUGAGGAGGAGGAGGAGGAAGAGGAGGAUGAGGAUGAUCAGGACGAUGAGGAGGGUGAGGAAGGUGAGGAGGAGGAGGAUGAUGAUGAUGGCUCAGAGAUGGAGCUGGACGAGGAUUACCCCGACAUGAACGCCUCGCCCCUCGUGCGCUUCGAGCGCUUCGACCGCGACGACGAUCUCAUCAUCGAGUUUGACAACAUGUUCUCCAGCCCCAGUACGAACACCCCCAAACCCCCCCUGAUCCUGCAGCGGCUCCUGGGCCCCUCGGCGGCCGCAGACAUCCUGCAGCUGAGCAGCAGCCUCCCGCUGCAGAGCCGGGGCCGGGCGCGGCUGCUGGUGGGCAACGAGGACGUGCACAUCAUCGCCCGCUCCGACGACGAGCUGCUGGACGACUUCUUCCACGAGCAGGGCAGCGCGGGCAGCCAGGCAG